CUCCUCCCGCCCGGCGGCGGCGCUGCCGGAAGGGGCGGGGCGGAGGCGGCGGCACUUCCGGGAGCGGCGCGGGGCGGCGGGGGACCAUGAGCUGGAUACCGUUCAAGAUCGGGCAGCCCAAGAAACAGAUUGUACCCAAGACAGUGGAGAGGGACUUUGAAAGGGAAUAUGGAAAGCUUCAGCAAUUGGAAGAUCAGACCAAAAAACUUCAGAAGGAUAUGAAGAAAAGCACAGAUGCAGACUUGGCCAUGUCCAAGUCGGCCGUCAAAAUCUCUUCCGACCUGCUGUCUAACCCCCUGUGUGAGCAGGAGCCCGGCUUUCUGGAGAUGGUCAUGGCCUUCGACACAGCGAUGAAGAGGAUGGACUCUUUCAACCAGGAGAAGGUGAAUCAGAUCCAAAAGACAGUUAUAGAGCCUUUGAAAAAGUUCAGCAGUGUGUUCCCCAGCCUGAACAUGGCAGUAAAGAGACGGGAGCAAACGCUGCAGGACUACAAGCGCCUGCAGUCCAAGGUGGAGAAAUACGAGGAGAAGGAGAGGACUGGACCCGUCCUUGCCAAGCUGCACCAGGCCCGUGAAGAGCUGAGGCCAGUGAAGGAGGACUUUGAAGCCAAAAACAAGCAGCUCCUGGAGGAAAUGCCGAAGUUUUAUAGCAGCCGCAUCGAUUACUUCAAACCCAGCUUUGAGUCGCUAGUCCGGGCGCAGGUUGUCUACUACACGGAGAUGCACAAGAUCUUCGGGGACCUGACGGCGCAGAUCGACCGGCCCGGCUUGAGUGAUGAGCAGCGGGAGAGGGAGAACGAUGCCAAGCUGAGCGAGCUGCGGGCUUUGUCCAUCGUGGCCGAUGACUGAGCAGAUGCUGGUGAUGGGGAAGGGACUGGGAAAUUCCACCACCACCCCCCCCGCCCCCAGCUCGGCUGCUCCCCACCUCCUCCCUCCCAGGGAUGGACUUGGGGGAAGGGCAGGUGGGGGGGGGGGGGCUUUAACUGCUGGCUGCUCCCUUUGCCCCCGUGGCUUUGCCCUGCUGCUGGGACAAGGUGUUGCCUGGGGCCAGGGGGAGGGAGCCCUCCUGUGCCCCCCCCCCUGCAGCCAGGUAUUGCCUUAAAUAGGGGCUUGCAGCAGAGCCGGGAAGGGAGCCGUCCCGCUCAGCUGGAAUGGGGUGUGGGCUGGAUGCUGCUGGCCCUUCCCAGGCCCCAGCUCGAUGCCACACCAUCAGAGGUGUGUUGGCUCAGCACUCCCCCUCCCCACCUCAGCUCCGGAUCAGGCCCUGGCUCCUUACCUUUCCAGCAGGAGGAUGGGGCCACUCCUGCUGGGCUGUUCAUUUUGUGCCUUAGGAGCCAGUAGCCCCCCGGGGGGAGGGUAAAAGCAUUCGAAUUCCAUUUUUUGAGGCAUGUGGAGAGGAUGAUGAAAGGGCUGCGCUUGCCGUGCUGAGCAUUGAGUGAUGCCGUGCUCUGGAUCCACUCCAUUUUAAGCAGGAACAGUGCAAAGUCCCCCUAACCCUAACCCCAGGGGAAUGCGAAAGGGAAAUGCAACCCAGGCUGGAGCAAACCCAGGGAAAAGCGGGGUCUGGGGGCUGCACUAUGCCUUUGCCGGGAGGGGGUGGGGCAGGGGGCUCCACUGUUCUUCUGUAAUAAAAGUUUUUGGCAGAGCAGGGCCGGGGGUGCGUGUCCCGGGGUCCGCGGUGCCAGCACCGAGCUGCUGCCGCCCUCUGCCGCCGCCUGCCAGCCACUGCCACCGGGGGGGGGGGGGGGGGGGGCGACCCGGGGCUGCCCCCCCCGUGGGCUGCCUGGCCUCCCGCUGCAGCGGAACCGGGGUGGUUUUAAGAAAGGUAUUACAGGGCUGGAGAGGGUGGGAAAGAGAAGAAAAAAAAAAAAAAAAAAAAAAGAGGAAUUGAACAGCCCCCAAGGAGAGGCAGAAAGGAAGCGGCUGCAGCAAAGCACAAGAAGUAACAGUUUUACAGUCAAAGACAGGGAAUUUGAUCCCGAGCUGGUGGCUUUCGGUACAUGGUGAGGCUGCAGGAGCUCACGCUGCUGCCCUCCGUGUCCUGGGAUGAGUCGCUGCUGCGUGGGAUAAAGGGCUGGAGAGCGGUUACAGGGCUGGCACAGCCCGGAGCCGGUAACUGCGGCAAAGGGACCUGCUACAGGCGUGGCAGCAUCCAGGGACCACUCUGAGCCGCUGGGCAGCCUGUGGCACAGCGAGCCCCCCCGUUUGGGACCCUCCAUCCUAAACAAGACUAUCUGUCCCUUGCCUGUGUGUCCAGCUCUGAGCAGCGAGGUGGCCCGUGCCCUGUCACCGACAUGCACGAGACUCGCUACAUAAGAGCUUUGCGUCGAACACAGGCAACCGAUCGAUCAGAGCAAACCCUGCGCAUCCCUACGGCUGCCGUGGCUCUGCCUGUCCACCUCCACAAGGAGAGGGCUGGGACAGAAGAGGCUUGAGGGGACCCUGCCACCAUCUACCACCCCACUUUGUGACAUCCAGGCAGGCGAAGGCUUUACUGUCUCCUGCUGGAGGCCUGUUCCUCAUCUAAGAGUCAUUAGCCUAGAAGAGAGGAGAGGGGGUCAGCAGCAGAUUGCAAAGAUGGCACCCCGCAUCCCUGCACAUCCCACCCCAGCUUACCCAGCUUCACCUCCAGCAUGUGGAUUUUGCUCUCCAGAUACGAGUUGGCUGCUCUGCUUUCUCCAGCAGCUUCCCCAGGUUCAGCACCGUGACAGUGCGGGAGAUGUGGGCCAGGGCAGGAAGCAACAGAGAGGUUUCCUGGAACAAGAACGAUUUGUCACCCACCGCAGGAUCUCCAGCAGCACAAGCUUCACCCUGAGGGCAUCAUCCCCACGCUUACCAAAGAGCUCCUCUUCCCUUUGGUGCAAGCAGCCACAGAAAUUUAAAAUCGAAGUACAUGAAGGCCAGGAGAGCAUCCAGGGGCAGGACAGCGCUUGGGUCCGGAGCCUUGGCUGCUGAAACACGGACGUGCGCAUUAGGGAUAGGAGAAGCCAACCUCCCCAAGGCACCAGCACCGCGGAGCAGGAUGCAGGCUGUGCUUAAGAGUUCCCAGGACGAGCGGGAUCGCACCAGGGACAUUGGGUUCCCCCCAGCUACGUACCUACAUCUGCUCAGCCUUUUCUUUCACCAUCCUGGCAGCCCUUUCUUGGCUCCAGGUUCCCGAUCUCCAGCAGCUCUUCUCCAGAAAGACCAGGAGCCCCUUGUAGUGCUUGCAGCAUCUCCUGGAAGAACUCGGCCACCAUCACAGCCACAUCGGGGAGGGAGAGGGGCACCAGGGACCUGCCUGCCCGUGCUGUGCCAAGCCUACCUCAGAGGAGAGCUGCUCCACCGCCUCCUGCACUCCAGCAGGGUAAAGGGGGAGAUGUUGGAGCAGACAGCCUGCCUGGCUCCAUGGAGAUGGGCCGCAGGGGCUUUAGGCUCCGGCAGUAGCUUGGUGGUGCCUGGGGCAGCUCUGUGCUGCUCCGGGGCCUCCACCACCUGCUAAAAACUGCCUGGUUUACGUGGGAGCAGGAAGAGAAAGUGCUGGGAGCGGUCACCCAGAGCAGGACCUCACCUUCUCCAAAACACAGCCCUGUCCAAGCACCUGCAGAAAUGAAAGGCACCUUUUGGGAUAUCUGAGCUGGACGGCACCUGGCAUCGCCACGCUCAGCACCACAGCAAGGCCUCACCAUCAUGGGCAUUGCUGCUGGUGAUGGAGGCAACGAGGGUCCCUCCUCUGCCUUGGGCUGGCACAAGGCUUCCCACUCCUCCAGGGAAGGGCACGCAGCCCCAGGUGCCUGGCAGGAAAACCACCACCACCUCCCACUGGUGCCUGAACUGGCAAAUUGGACCCCCAGCGCGGAACAGUCAGGCAUGCCCCAGGUUGUCCAGCAGAAAGCAAGGAGCUGGACCCCCAUAACACCUUCCUGCUGCUGGCUGUGAAGACAGGAGUGAAGGGAGCAGGACCAGAGCCCCGACAGGUCCUGGAAAGGCUGGUGACUGUCCUCAGUGGGACCAUUUGCAGGGACACAGUGUGAGACCCCAGCCUGAGAUCAUCCCCUGCCCAGCCCACACCCAGAUCCCAUGCAGUCACUGCUGGGACCGAGCCAAGCCUUCUCCCCCAGCACCCGGCACGGAGAACUUCAUCUCCCCUCAGCUGUUCCUUCCCAACCGCAUCACAUGCCGGGCCAGGUUUAAGCAAAAUAAAAUCAGUUGCCACGGUUA